AUGGCGAACGCCAUGGUGGAGGUGAAGCCGAUUUGGGCCCAACCCAGGCAGCCGCACACUGACGGCAUAGCACGGCUUGCGGUACCAGCAUCGGAUGCCGGUACAGAUGUGGUGUCUGCCGAGGAUGUGGAUGAGGAAGACUUCCAGCUUUCUCCUCUCACCGACCGCGCGCCUCCAGCCCCGUCCAUUGACAUCCCUGGUCAGGCCGAGGGCUCGGAGGAAUCGGGGCCAUCGAAGGGCCCUCCCGAGCUGCAGCCCCCGAGCAACGAGCCCUCCGUGCAGCUGGAAGCAGCGUCAGCAAGAGGCAGCAAAGAGACACCAGGAGGUGGAAGCAAAGAGACACCGCCCACCGGACAGUCUGCCUUCUUCAAGCGAUUUCGCAAGAAGCUUAAGAUGGACCCGAGCAAUGCAACGAAGGCGUUCAUGGGCACCAACAGCCGUCAAACUCGGGGCAUUCGAAGCCUGACUGCGGUGAACCUAGAGCGCGAGAUGCCACGUGCUGGCUGGCGUGCUGGAAUGGCUCAACUCGUCAACUCCCCUCUCUUUGAGGUGGUUUUCGCCGUCGCAAUUUUGUUCAACACCGUGAUCAUGGCUGUGCAGGUGCAGUACCGCGGCCUCGAUGUCGGAUUCUACGUGGGCCAUCACAGCGUCAAGCGUCCGGCAAACGAGAUUUGGCCCGGGGCAGAAGAUGCCUUCUAUGGCUUCGAGCUCUUCUUCGGCGUGCUCUUCAGCCUGGAGAUCUUCUUCAAGCUGCUUGCCACGGACUACCGCUUCUUCCUGGAUAUUUGGAACCUACUGGACUUCGCCGUUGUCCUUGCGUGGUUCAUCGACACGCUGGCUGCGGGAGUCUUCCCAGUAGACCCUUUACUCUUGCGGCUGCUGAGGCUUCUAAAGCUGUUUCGCAUGCUGCGUUUGGUGAGGACCAUCCAAGGCUUCGACUCAUUGUAUGUGAUGAUCACGUCUAUCAAGGGCAGCAUCGCAGCCUUGUUCUGGAGCGUGAUUCUGUUAGUCCUGGUGCUGAUGAUGGUGUCCCUCUUCCUUGUGACGAUGGUGGAAAAUUACAUCAGGAGCGAGGAUCAGGAGCUGGAGCGGCGUAUGGCCGUCUACCUUUACUUCGGCACCUUCUCUCGCGCGAUGCUGUCGCUUUUUGAGAUGACUCUGGCCAACUGGGCCCCCCCGUCGCGUGCGUUGACGGAGAACGUCAGCGAGUUCUGGAUGUUCUUCGUUCUCAGCUUUCAGCUAUUGGUGGGCUUCUCCGUGAUGAAGGUCAUCAUGGGCGUCUUCCUACAAGUGACCUUCUACGUCGCCUCCAACGACGACGUGAUCAUGAUGAGCCAGAAAGAGAGGGCCCUGAAAGUUCACACGCAGAAGAUGACAGAGCUGUUCGUGGCCGCAGAUGAAAACGGCAACGGAAGGCUUGACCAGGAAGAGUUUGAGACCAUCCUCAGCGACCCCACCUGCAUCGCCUGGCUCUCGGCGAUGGGCUUCGAGGCUUCCAUGCUCUCGGGCCAGGACCUCUACCGUCUUCUCUGCAGGGAAGAGACGAAUGACCUCUCGGCGGAGGAGCUUUGCAAAGGUGUGGCCCAACUCAAGGGACCAGCGACGAGCCUGAACCUGGCUUUGCUCCAGAAAGACCAGGUCCAGACCAAGGAGUUGAUGGAUCAGAUGGUGCUCUCCAUGGUCAAGCUGCAGGCUCGGCUCAAGUUCUCGGACAUGCGCAAAGGCAGCAAGGGGUCUGCAGAUUCCUCGAGCAGCAGCAGCACCGACAGCGAUGAAACCGAAGUGACCCCGCCGCAAUCGCCAACGCGAACCGUUACGCCUGGAACACUGUCGCAAAGUCGUGGAAAGAGGCUUGGUGGGCAAUUGGCAGCCGCAUCCUCGCGCAAAACGCGAGGGACGACCAGGCGAAUGCCUGGCGGCGCUGUCUCGCAGGUGUUGUUCAACCAGCAGAAGUCCUUCGGCUCCCUCGAUGCGAGAUGGAAU